UAUCUUCCUCUCAUCAUUCUUUUUAAAUAAAAAGCCGCAGACGAUACAUCCACUUGAUGAAUCUUUAGAGGAAGUUUUCAGAAUUCUUUUUUUCCCUCCCGCAUCUUUGUUGGAAAGUGUGGAUUAUUCUUUUAAAAGUAAACCAAGAGGGCUCAUGUGAACAAUGAAUAUUCUCAGAUUUGAAGUGAAUAUUUUGAUUUUAGGGAGCAUUUUCUAUCUGGCCACUUGUGCAUCAAUAAAAACAAAAAGACCUGAAACAAAUGAUAAAGGUACAAGUAGCAAUACAUGGUCUCAAGUUAAAACUGCCCAUCAAUCAAAUGCACAAUCUUCACAAAAUGUUCCAGUGUCAUCUGAUGAAAUAGUCUACGGUUUAUUGCCAGCAGACUCUCCUCACUCUUCAACUGCGCAAUUUGGUUCAAGAUUUAAAUCGUCCUCUACAUCCUCUGAUUCAUCCACGAGUGUUAAAACAUUUCAAGAGAACUCAUCAGCAAAACAAGAAACCGAAAUUCAGCAUCAUACUCAGCAAAAUUCUCAAUCAACACCGACGCAUAAGAGGGUAUCCGAUAGCAUUCUAUCCAAUAGUCACCAUCAGGUAUCACAAAGUUCGUUUGGAUCUAAGAAAAGUGCAAUCUCGAGUAAUAAUCCUGCUGAUGCCAUACAAGAAAAUUCACCUUCAUUGAAUGAAAAAGCAUUUAUUAAUCCUACAAGUGACAGACUACCGAACAUAGAUAACUUUGGUGUUGCUCCUGACAUCCAAGAUGAUAAAGCUCCUGAUCAGUAUGCAUACUUUUCGAACUCCAAUAUCGGUGGGGAUUCUCCAUCUAAUUUUGAACAAAAUGCAGAUCAAGUAAAUGAUGAUUUUUAUGACCACUUUGAAGAUUCGGUUGGACAAAGCGUAUCCGGUGGGGCUGAUGCUAGUCAACAAGACAUCAAUGUCCCCCAAGAUUUUUCACAAAACUUCCCACAGCAAUCUCAAUUCGCUAAUGAUGAUCCACUAGGAUUCACUAAUCAAGAAAACUUUAACUAUGAAUACGCUCCCGGUCAAACAGCGUUUGAAGACAAUUCCCAAUUCCAGAAAGCACUCGACGAAGACUUUCCGAAUGAUUUUGCUGACAAUCCUCAGCAGCAGGAAGUCUCAAAUUUGGAUAACGAAAAUGUCAAUAAGGCAGUUGAUACAUUUCAACAAGUAUUUUCUUUCAAUGACCAAUCGCAACAAGCUAUUCCUAUCCAAGAUAUAUAUCAGUCCCAGGAUCUGUCUGAACGAACAGAUAGGUGGAGCCAGACACCUUCAAGAUCAUCAACAGAUCAAGCAUUUUCAUUGAAAAGUGAGGGUUCCAGUGACUUCGGCUCGGAUGAUCAAACAGUAUUCAUUGGCUCUGAUGAUCCAAUCGAAUCCCUUAGGGAAGUAGUGCCAGGUAAUCCUGGUGAAGAUUAUCCCAUAUUUUAUCAAGUGCCAUUUACAUCUUUUAGUUGUGAUCAGCAGCCAUACUCAGCAGGAAUAUAUGGUGAUAUGGAUGCUUCUUGUCAGGUGUUUCACUUCUGCGAAGAAAAUGGUGCCAAACAUUCUUUCCUUUGCCCGAAUGGUACAGUAUUCAACCAGCAGUACUUUGUAUGCGACUGGUGGUACAACUACAACUGCGCGGAAACUCCCAGCUUUUAUAAUCUAAAUGCCGAACUCUACGCGAACCUUGACGACAUUAACCCAUCUCAGAUUCUAAGCGGACAAGGUAUUGCAGAUGAAAAGUUGUUUUCAGUUGAUCAGAUCUCCUCUCAACCAUUUGAUUUAAGUGGAAGAGUUGAAUCUUCACAAACUAGUGGACAAUCCACAAGUAUAAGCAGUUUUAAUUCGGAGAUACAAAAACACAGUGGCUCUUCUUUUGGAGAUUCAAGUCAAACGUUUGGAGUAUCGAGCUUCAAUUCUAGAGAUGAAAGUGAAUAUCAAAAUGAAAACUUCGAUGCAUACGAUGUGCGGCAAAUUGGACAGCCUAUACCUAAUUCUGAAACAGGCAGUUUUUCAGGUGUAUCACAAAAUUAUGCCAAUACAGCUGCACCUAAUUUCGAAGAUCAAUUGCUAACCGAAAGAAAAGAUGAGUCUUUCAGCUUUUCUAAUGAAAAUUAUAAUCAGCAAGCAGAUCAGCAAGUAUUAGUUGAUCCUAUAGAUUUUCCCACAGAAGUUUUGGAUAUCGAUACAACCAAUACAGAUUCCGAUAUUGGUGCAGAUGUAGGCUCCCUGCCCAAAUCAACUGGCACCGUUGAUAGUGACCAAACUUAUUAUGGCCAAGAAGUUUUGGAUGGUCAAGUUCAAGAUGCCUUUCAAGAUCAAAUAGACUUUGACCAAGGAGUUGCAUUUGAAGAAAAUAACUCUGGUUUGACUCAAAAUGUUCAAAACAACUCCCAUGAUACUGAUGAAGUAGAAAUACCUCAAGAAGAACAGAGGACGAUUCAACAACAAAAUACUGAUUUCGAUAAUGGUCAGAUAUUUCAACAAGCAUUAGUCAAUGAUCGAGUUGAAACUAAUCAGAUUGGCACUUUAGAUGCCAAUGUUGGCCAGCGCGUAGCUGAUAGCUUACCAAAUGCAAACGUCCAUCAAACGCAAAAUGAAAACACUUUGGUAAAUUCUGAAAUAACUAACAACAAGCAAUCAAAUACUAAUUUAAUUCGAAAUAGUGAAAAAUCCUUUUCUCAACAAAAAAUUAUUGAUGUACCAGCUAUCACUCCUAACUUUGCCGAAGAAGAAUUGCUUAGUGAGUUUAAUAAUCGCGCCACUCUCUUUGACGAUAGCCAAAAGAAUUCAGAGCACUCGAAUAGUUUCACGACUGCACAAGAGUCAGUGGAGAAAGUAACAUUUCCCGAAUCACCGAAAAUUUCAGACAACAAAGAUUCGCAAUUUGUGCUAACCGAUAGCGUAAAUAAAAAUUCCAAUCUAAAUGAAGUAUUGCAGGUUAAAGUAAAUCACGACACAGUAAAUACAUUUACUCAACAAAGUGCAUUAAAACCAACCGGAAGUCAAGACAAUCAACAAUUAUUUCAGGCUCAGUUAGGACAACAACAAUUAGAAGAAUUUAAAGGUAAUCAACAAAACAGGCAGCAGAAUGGAAUUCCCCUUCAAUCAAAUCAGGAAAACUUUCAACCUGUGCAAGAAAAGCAACUUCAUACAAUCAACAGCAUUCAAUCAAACCAGCCCACUAAUGAACAAGGAUCUGGUAAACAAUUAUCUCAGCAACAGGAAAUACUUAUUCAAAGGGUGCAACAACAAAACAUUCCAAUCCAGUUCGAACAGCCUAAACAAUCAGAAAACACUUUCAGAGAACCUAAUUUACAAUUUCAUAACAAUCAACAAUUUGAACCACAGCAGCAUAAUUUGGAAAAUAAUCACCAGUCACAAAUUCAAUCACAAAUUCUAUCUCAACAGCAAUUUCAGCAUCAAAAUGAACAGUCUCAACACGAUGUUCCUCAACAGUUUUUAAACCAGCAAAGUUUCCCUCCUUUUAACAUACAGCAGAGUCAUCAAGAGCAAGAACAACACCUCUUUGCGAAACAACCAGAGCUCAUUCAAUAUCAUCAGCAGAAUCAACAGCUACAUCAUCAGCAAAUGAGACAACAGCAAAACCAUCAGCAACAAUUUCAACCAGCGAGACAGCAGCAAAAUCAAGAGCAACAAUUGCAACAAACGAGACAACAACAAAAUCAACAGCAACAAUACCAACAAACAAGGGUGCAACAGAAUCAUCAACAACAAUUUCAACUAGGAGGACAACAGCAAAAUACGCAGCAAGAACAUCAACAAACAAGACAGCAGCUAAAUAAUCAACAGCAAUUUAAUCAAGGCGGACAGCAGCAAAAUUCGCAACAACAAUAUCAACAAACAAGACAGCAGCUAAAUAAUCAACAACAAUUUAAUCAAAGAGAACAGCAGCAACAAUAUCAACAAACGAGACAUCAGCAGCAAUAUCAACAAGGAAGACAUCAGCAAAAUACUCAAAAUCAGCAGUAUUCUUCCCAGCCUCAGUUCAAUAAUAAUGUACCCCAGCAAAAUUUAAGAUUCCGGCCCUUAGCUCAAAAUAUCGAACAACAAAGAGAAUUGAUUCAAUUUCCAAACGUUGUUCAACAACAGAAUAUAAGAGAAUUUGACACAAAUUCAAAUAUUCAAACUAACGAUCAACAAGUCCAAAUAAAUGAUGACCUAAGACCCAUAGGAGAAAAACCAGCAACCAUCAUUUCCGAUAGCAGAAUGCGGAUUCAAAAUCAGGAUAAAUCUUCCUUGCAUCCAACUAUGAAUAAUGGGCAACAAGUAAUCAUUUUAAACGAAACGCCUUCCUUGCAAGAAAUUGCACAGGUUGUUCAAGAUGAACUAUCAGUACCCCAGCAAGGUUCAGCAAAUGCACAAAAUGAGGCGAGGCAACCCAGGUUAAAUAAUUUAAGACUAAAUAUGCAAAUGAUUGGUCCAGAAGAUACAGUUCUAUACAACCAAAAUUCCCAAACUCCAACAAGAUCUUCAUCGAGUUAUAAUGGGUGGAGACCAAUCCUAAAGAAAUAUUAAUUUAAUAUAAUCUAUCAGGCCAAUUCUCUGACCAAGAAAUAGUCUAAGAAACAGUUUCAGUAACAGGUGAAGUUAGAAUGACAUCCCAAGUCAAAAUUUUUGAUGGUUUUCUAUUGAUGGACCAACAUAAUCUUCGUAAUAACCAUCAUGAACGAUUAUAUUUCUUGAUGGUAACCAAUAUAAGUAACCAUCACCCCAAUGUAUGGACUGAUUUAUAAUGGUCCAACAUAAGAAUAGCAACUUGUUUUUAUGGUUUGUUCAUGUUGAACCAGCCGAAAUUUCCAUCAUAGUUUCUUAGAAAUCAAAUCUUGGAACGAACAUGAACCACCAUCACCUCAAUUUAUUUAUUCGGAUUGAUUUAUGAUGAGCCAACAUGAAAAAAAAACUUAAUUGUUUUGAUGAUAUAUUCCUGAGAACCAACAAGAAUCCCCAUUAAGCCAUCAUGGAAAUGUCUAGUUAAAAUUAUCAAGGACCAUCACGGAUCAUCAUGGAUUGUUGGUCCAUGAGAAUCAAACUUCUCUUGAUGGUUGACCAUCAUAGUAUUAAAGUAACAUUUUUCUUCAUGGAAUGAUGGAAGCUUGUUGGCAUAUCAAAAACCGUGAUCGAAUAAUGGAAAAUGUUGGAUGAUGGUGACCAUCAUGAAUCGUAUUGAAAUUAGCAUAAAUCAUCAAAAUUUUUUGAUGGGACCAUCAAAAAUUUUAACUUGAGAUAUAUCUUCACAUGAAAUUCAUAAUAAUUAUUCAUAAUUAUCCAACGACUCGAUAAGGAAAUCUUAGUUUGCUUAACAUCAGAGCUAAUGAACUUGUCACCUUUACGCCUCGUUCUCGCCAUUUAUUUAUCGCCAAAAGCACGAGAAUUGGCCUACAUAUCAUCAGGCUCUGUGUAUGACAUUUGGAGCCAAGCUCAAUAACUGCAGUGAUAUGAACAUUUUUUAUGUCUGUCAUUUUAAAGCCAUCUUUCUUUGAAUGUUCCUUGUAUUCUUACUUGUUUGUAUGUUUCAGCUGUUAUGUUGUGUUUUAUUUUCUGGAAUAACUUUUAAACAUCACUUAAGAAAUAAUAAUGAAUUCAUUUAUCACAAAGUACUGCUAAUGGGUGGUAUCAUUAUGCAUUAUUUUAAAUUAGAAUAAUACGAAAUAUCGUUUAAAAAUAGUUGGUUUAAGGGUUGAGCUAAUCUUGUAUUUCUUUUUUGUUGCAUAUAUAGUUGGCUAAUUAGAAAAUCCGGUUCGUUGCAAAGCAUCAUCGUCAUUUUCUUAUUUGCCAGACUGAUUGGAAUAGUCUCCAGUAUUUUCCAAUCAGCCUAAACAGUUUUUAGGCUUAUAGCAAUUACCCUAGUUACUUUUAGGCUAAAACUUCAUUUAUUUAUUGAUCAAUUAGCUGGAUUUAUUUCAGGUUAUUUGCAAUAGGCUGAUAAAAAACAAUUUUUAGCUGAUUCAAAUUGCUUUAUUCAUUUAUAAAUUAGUCAGAUAUAUUAUUUUUUUCUCUACUCAAAGCGCCGGCAUAAUGUAAAGCUUAUUGCAAUUAACCUAAACAAAUUUAGCCUAUUGAGUUGAAUUAAUUUUCAUAUAUUUUUUAUAAGCCUAAAUGCAUACGGGUUAAAAUUAAUAAGCCUUAUAAUUAUCAGGCUUAUUAGAAAACCAUUUAGACUUUUUCCAUUAGCCUGACGCAUUGAAAAA